AUGAAGAUAAAAAAUAUAGGGGAGGAGUCGAUUCACAAUAUAUGCAGCAGUCAGGUUAUAUUUACCCUCAGCAGUGUAGUAAAAGAAUUGGUUGAGAAUUCGAUAGAUGCUAAUGCUAGUGAAAUAAAAAUAAAGCUCGUUGAGAGUGGAAUAAAGUUAAUAGAGGUUAAUGAUAAUGGUGUUGGCAUAAGAAAGAUGAAUUUUGAGAACAUUUGUGCUCGUCAUGCUACAUCAAAAAUAAAAGAUUUUAAUGAUAUACAUAGUUCUUUAAAUACUUUGGGUUUUCGAGGGGAAGCAUUAAAUUCAUUAUGUAUGUUAAGUAAUGUUAAUAUAACAACGAAGAAUGAAGAAAAUGAUCAUGCUUAUUUAUUAAAAUUUGAUAAACUUGGUAGACUUUAUCAUGAGGAGCCAAUAGCUAGAUUAAGAGGAACAACUGUGAGUUGUGAGAAUAUUUUUCAUAAUAUACCAAUAAGAAAGAAAGAUUUUAUAAAGAAUAUAAAAACACAGGUAUCAGAUUUAUUAUUAUUAAUGCAACAAUAUGCUAUAAUAUAUCAUAAUAUAAAAUUUGUUAUAUAUAAUAUUGUUACAUCUAAAGGAUGUACAAAAAAUAUGAAUUUGUUAAUUACUAAUGGUACUGAUAGUAUGAAAAAAAAUUUCUAUUCUAUAUAUGGUAAAAGAAAUAUUGGUAAUUUAAUUGAAUUUAAUAUUGAUGGUAAUGAAUGGAAUAUUAGAGGUUAUAUUAGUGAUAGUAAUAGUGGUAGAAGAGAUAAAGAUUUGCAAUUUUAUUAUAUCAAUAGUAGACCUAUACAUAUAUUAAAAAAUGUAAAUAAAUUAAUUAAUACUAUAUAUAGAGAAUUUAAUAGUAGAUUAUAUCCUAUCAUUAUUUGUAAUAUUUUAUCCGAUACAAAAAAUAUAGAUAUCAAUGUUACUCCUGACAAAAGAGAAGUCUUCUUUACAUUUGAACAAGAAAUGUGUGAACACAUGAAAACAGCUCUUGUCAAGUUAUUUACACCUAAAACAAGUAAUUUGAUUGAUACACAAAUUGAUGAUUAUUUUUUAAAGGCUAAUAAUAUUAUGCCAAAUCAUAUAAAAAGUAAUAUAAAACUGGAGACACAUGAACAUGAUAACCACCACCAUCAUCAUAAAUCCACAUCUCCCUCACAAGAACACAAAGGGAAUGAAAAACCAAAUUAUAAUAUUAUUAAAACUGAACCUAGUUAUAAUAACGAGGUAACACAUAAUGCAUAUGUUAAAAAAGAACUCAUACAUAAUAAGGAUGACCAAAUAUAUGUAAAACAAGAAAAAAUGAAAGAGCAAACUAAUUCUUACCAUAACGAUAAAGAUAACAAUGCUGAUGUUGAACAUUGUAAUAGACAUGAAUAUGAGGAAGAAAAGGAAAAUAUAAUAAAAAAGGAAAAUAUAUUUACUUAUCAUGAUGAUAGACAGUUAUUUAAAAUAAAGGAAGAACAAAUAUAUAACUAUCCAAAUAAAUAUAUAGAAAAGGAUGAAUUAUAUAGAGACAAUACAAAUAACCUCAGUUAUUCCUUGUCACAAAAAGAUUAUAUACCAACAGAAAAUAAAAUGAAUAAUAAUAUUCAAAUUAAAAAUGAUGAAUUAAAUUCAUCAUCACUUUUUCAGAAUGACGAUUAUAAUCUUAGUAAUAUAUAUAGAGCAAAUCAUUCCUUUACAUCAACACAAGAAAGUGUGCAUUGUGAUUUAUUUGUUUCUAGUAAUAAAAAGCAAUAUGAAAAUGGCCUAAAAGAACAAAAUGAACAAAAUGUAGAAAAUAAAAAGAACACAGAAUAUUAUACCUUUUAUAGAAAUAAUGAAGAACAAAAAAGUGGAUAUAUUAAAAAGGGGGGACAAGAAUUUAAUACAUAUAAUGAUGAGGAAAUAUAUUCAUCAGGUCCUUUAUCAAUUGAUAAUGUGAUGAUGGAAAAUAACAAAGAGCAUUUUAGUGAUAGAAAUAAUAACAUUUAUGAAUACAAAUUAAACAGUGAUGAUACUAAAGAUAACAUUUAUGAAUACAAAUUAAAUAGUGAUGAUAGUAAAAAUAACAUUUAUGAAUACAAAUUAAAUAGUGAUGAUACUAAAAAUAAUAUUUAUGAAUACAAAUUAAAUAGUGAUGAUAGUAAAAAUAACAUCUAUGAAUACAAAUUAAAUAGUGAUGAUAGUAAAAAUAACAUUUAUGAAUACAAAUUAAAUAGUGAUGAUAGUAAAAAUAACAUUUAUGAAUACAAAUUAAAUAGUGAUGAUAGUAAAAAUAACAUUUAUGAAUACAAAUUAAAUAGUGAUGAUAGUAAAAAUAAUAUUUAUGAAUACAAAUUAAAUAGUGAUGAUAGUAAAAAUAACAUUUAUGAAUACAAAUUAAAUAGUGAUGAUAGUAAUAAUACCCCUUAUUUAAAUGGACAGGAAACAAAUGAAGAAUCAGAAGAAGGUAAUGAUUUAAAAGAUUGUACAAAUUAUUCAUUCGAGGAUUUGAAAGAAAAUAUAAAAAGUAAUUGUAUAAAGAAAAUUCCAAUUGAUAUAAAUAUGUAUAUUAAUAGAGAAGAACUAAAGAGUGGAUUUGAUUAUGAUCAAAUACAUGUAAUAAAUUUGACAAAUAGUGAAAAAAUUAAGAAUAUAAUAUUUCAGAAAAUGAAAGAAGAAACACCAAUAAAUAAUUAUUUAUGUUUAACAGAUGAUCAAGAAGAAAAAGAAUAUAAAAACCUAUUUGAUGGAAAUUUAAGUUUAAAAGAAAGUAAUAAUAAUACAAAUAAUGUUAAUAAUAAUGAAGAUAUUAAUUUUAGUAAUAUAGAUGAAACACAGAAAGAUUUAUAUUUCCAAUCCAGCUUAUUCAAUAAAUUAAAGAUAUGUGGACAAUUUAAUAAAGGAUUUGUAAUAUCCAAAAUAGAUUUACUCUAUUUUGAAAAAAAAAAGAAAAAGUAUGAUAAUGAAGGACAUGAAUCAGAAUACUACAAAACACAUGAUAACAAUAGUAAUAAUAUAAAUUGUGAGGAUUAUGAUAAUUUUAGUAAUGAUAAUAACCUAAUUAGUGAUAAUAAACAUAAAAGUAAUUACGCUCUAUUUAUUAUUGACCAACAUGCAGCUGACGAAAAAUCAAAUUUUGAAAAAUACAAUAAAAUAUUUACCAUGAAGUCACAAAAAUUAAUUAGUAAAAUACACGUACAAGUAAGUCCAGCACAAGUUCAUAUAAUACAAAAAUAUAUGUCUAUUUUCUUACAAAAUGGAUUCGAAGUACAAAUUCUAGAAGAACCCAUACAUAAAAGAAGGAAAACAAAUAAUAAUAAUAAUAUAAAUGAACCAAUCGAUGAUGAAGAAGAAAUGCUUAUGGAGCUUAAUGUAUAUUUAUUAUCGUUACCAGUAUUUAAUGGGAAAAUAUUAGAAGUAGUUGAUUUUAUGUCUCUCUUGCAUCAUUUAACAGAGCAUCCAGUAGCCUCUUACAAUGAAUCGGAAGUAUCUGUAAAAACUACAGUAGAUUUGAAUAAUAAGACAGAUACCUGGUUUAAUUAUAAUUUCCCACGACCUCAAAAGGUGUGGCGUAUUCUAGCAUCCAAGGCGUGUCGAAAUGCCAUAAUGGUUGGCAAAGCAUUAAACAUAUACGAAAUGAUUAAGAUAAAGAAAAAGCUAAGUUUUUUAAAGAAUCCAUGGAAUUGUCCUCAUGGUAGACCUACAAUAAAAUAUCUCAUAAAUAAUGUCGAUAUAAAAAAUUGCUUUAAAAACUAUUAUUUAAAAUUAUAUGAUGAAAUUACUAAUUUGAUUUUAAGUCAGAAUUAUGAUGCCUAUAAAUAUUUAUUUCAUAAUCAUGUCUUUUUUUUAAUUAUAUCUACCAAACCUUUCCUAGGUCCUGUUUUAAAAUUUCAAUAA